CUGAAGAUUUUAGAACCUUAGGUAAUACCUGAAUGUUAUGAGUACUAUCACUUCUGCUGAUUUUAUAAACAUGGACAUUGUCAGGCUUGCCAAUUGCAUCGUAGGUUCAGGAUGUGGUGGUGGCAGCUUCUAAGUUCAUGAUCUUAGAUGAAUUUAAGUAUUUCCUGGAUAAAUCAAAUUUUCAUUUGCUUCUGUGUAUUGGAUGUAGCUAAGCUUAUGACAUUUUCCAUCAGUUUGUGUUUCAAUAGUGGUCCCCUCACGAGGCAAUUGGCUGCGCCAUGACAGAUUCAUUACUCGCUGGGCAACGCAAGCUAUGCGACAAUGUUUCAUCCUCGCUGGAGGAGCUACUUCCCUCAUCUGGUCCUCACCCAAUGCCUUUCGUAAUAGUGCUAAAGCAAGAAAACAUCUUUCUAUUGGUUUUGUGAUGGGCACCAGAAAGACUCUUCUCAGGGCUGCAAGGAUGGCUGGUUGGCUCCAUUAUCUUAGUGAAAAGAGGUUUCCAAAAACAAGACAGGUUGGAUUUGAUCUUGUUCUUGGUUCAAAUGGCAAGCAGUUCCGAACCUGCAGUAUUGAGGUUGUUCGAUUUGUAAAGUUACUUGAUGAGGCUAAAUCUUGGAGCACAUCAGAAUUACUAUAGUUGCUCACUGAAAAUGAUAAAUUGGACUAUUUUGGAACCUUAUCUUUAUCCUUCAGGUGACUAUGAUAUUAUGUUUUUUUCAGGCAAAAUUGUGUUAGUGUUUGUAAUUUAUGUUAGUGCUUCUUUUAGUAAAUUAGCACAUGUGAAGUAAGACGGGAUAGUGCUUGUGUUAGUGUUGUAGUGAUUAGCUUGUUUAUUUAACAAUGCAUCUCACUAGCUUGGUUGUGGUUGACAUGAUCAUCCGCUGUAGCACUACCUAUAUUUGAUUUGCAGCUUGUGUUUGGUUUUAGCUGUUGUUUUUAUUUUCUCCCUUUUACUGUCAACAUUUGACCUAAUUAGA